AAUGCUCCUUGAAUCCUUUUAAUGAAAUUAUUCUUUUUAGUAAUAUUUUAAAAUAACCGCUCUUUGAAUCCUGUCCAACACUAAAAAGCUUUCAAAGCUUAUCAACACCGACCGAUAGACCGCACAUACCGAUAGAUGGCUUCGCACGUUUUCUGGCAUUAUUUUUGUUGCUUUUUUAACGUUAAUUGCAACUGACCCAGCCAUCAAACAGAGCUUCCAAUCCGUUUAUCAAGUGACUGAUUAAGUAGUGGCUAAAUAAACUAAUUAGUUUUAAGAAUAACGUGCUAAGAUAUUGAAAAACAAAGAAAAGACAAGCCGCCUCAACAAAAGUGUCCAGUCAAGUGUUUCCAUUGAGAAGCAUCAAAAUUAAAAGCGAUAAGGUGGAGUUGGACGCCCUACAUCGCAAAUAUAAUCGACAUACACCCCCACAAACCCGCACACACACCCACACAAAUCAAAAAUGUUGCGUAACACGCCUCUUGGUGCCACACCCACCUACAAACUACUACUGGGAUUUGGACUCUGCUCCCUCGGAGGAGCCAUGCUAUAUGCAUAUUUCAAGAAUCGCCCCGACGAAGAGGACCAGGAGGACUCCAACAAUAGCCAGCAAGCGAAGGCAAGGAACGGGGGCCAGGAGCCAACUACCCAGAAGGAGGUCUGCCUCAAAAUAGUUGUGAGCAACGAACAUGUGCCCCUGAUAAUGGGUCGUGGCGGAUCGAAUAUCAAACUGAUUGAGGAAAAGACCUCGGCCAAGAUAAGAUUACGAGACAAGGACAGUAGCCAGAAGUUCUGCGACAUUACGGGCCUUCCCGACGCCGUUAAAGCUGCCCGGGUUCUCCUGAUCAAGGAGAUUGAACGGGCGCCGCUGGUUAAAGUGGAACUCCAAGUGCCCCAGAGGCUGGCCAACAAACUGAACACCCGUGGCGGAGAGCUGGUUCAGGACAUUCGCUCCAAUUCCCUAGCCAAACUGAGCAUUGACCCUAAUGGUCGAAACGGCAAGGCCAAGAUCACUAUCGUCGGCAACCAGAAGCAGGUUAAUAUUGCCCGCAAACUACUGGACGAUCAGAUUGAAGAGGAUGAGGAACUGCGUCGAUCUGUGGAGGAAGUGGAGCAGCGUCGCGAGCCUCGACGAUCGCCCACUAACAGCAUUGCAUCCUCCAGCAUCUAUUCGUCCCAGACGUCGCUCAGCUCCCACACGCAGCCGCGGGAUAAGCUGAUGGCGUCCAAGGGCGAUGGCAAGCCCAUGGAGGUUUACGUUUCCGCUGUGGCCUCUCCAACCAAGUUCUGGGUGCAAUUGGUCGGACCGCAGUCCAAAAAGUUGGACAAUAUGGUCCAGGAGAUGACAAGCUAUUACAGCAGCCCGGAGAACCGAGCCAAGCACACCCUAACCUCUCCCUACAUUGGCCAGAUUGUGGCCGCCGUUUUCAAGUUCGAUGAGAAAUGGUAUCGCGCUGAGAUCGUGGACAUUAUGCCCAAUCAGUACAAUCCCCAGGAGCAGGUUAUUGAUCUGUACUUUGUGGAUUAUGGGGAUAGUGAGUAUAUCUCACCGGCAGAUAUCUGUGAACUCCGCACCGAUUUCCUAACACUGAGGUUUCAAGCUGUGGAAUGCUUUUUGGCCAACGUCAAGUCCACCAUCCAAACCGAGCCUAUUACCUGGCAGAAGUCAUCCAUUGUUAGGUUUGAGGAACUGACUGAAGUGGCCCAUUGGAGGAAGUUGAUUGCCCGAGUGGUGACCUACAAGGAGCGCCCUAAAAGUACUACGUCUGUGAACUCUGCCGCCAAGGAGGGAACACCGCUGCCCGGUGUGGAACUUUUUGAUCCGUCUGAGGGAGCAGAAGUAAAUAUUGGCGACUUGAUGAUCACGCAGGGCUUUGCCUUACCCCUCGACGAGUCGUACCCAGUGCGAUCUCGCAGCUCUACGCCCUCCGCUCGCAGUGACUCCACCAUCGAGGAGCUAUGCGUUAGCAGUCCCGUGACUCCAAACACCUCUCAGUCACCCAUGUCCAUGUCCAUUGACGCGGAAAGCAUUUCGCUGGCGGAGGACGCUCAUCUCGCCCAGCAAAUACAGCACCUGCAACAUAAGCUAAAUGGUAACACAAUCGGAACGAUUAACCCUGCCAAACUGACAGUGGCAGAUCUCGAAAACGGGAAUAACAAUCAUGCUAAUAGCACUACUAAUGGGGGCGUUACGCAUUAGGAUUUACAUUGUUACUAGUUACUCUCCUCGCCUAAUUGUUACUACCUAAAAUGAGAAGGAGCUCACCAUUUGAUGUGUACAUAGAGUAUAGACUUUAAGGAGCUUACAUUACUUUAAGGUAAACAAAAAUGAACAAUUUCAUAAUUUAUCGUCGUGAUCACACGUGACUGCUCGACAUAUCCUAGAUCCUAGAAGCUGACGAUGGACUGGUACAGAUCCUGAAUUGUUUAUAGACAGCUAUGCCAUGUUACUUAUUGUUAGCAAUAGAACAAAACUUUCAUUUGUACAUCAACCCAGUACACAAAGACCAGACAAAACAAAUUAAAAGAAAUGCUUUUUAUAAGAAAGUGAA